GCGAGAGAGUGCAGCUACAAGAAAAGCGCCUAUUUGUUACGUCACGCGUAUUGUGUUAUCUUUCCUCCAAUCAAGAGCACAGCCGGUGAAACGGCGCCAAACUGGUGGAGAGGGGUUGUGGACUUAGCGCUGUAGCCGGGAGAGUUCCCCCCCCGCCCCGGGUCCUGAUCGGUUUAGGUACGAGAGUUUGUGGUGUGUCUUCCACGUCACAUGGCCAAUGAAGGACUCGUCCUGUGAGAGGCUGCGAUGCCCUGUAAGAAGCGCAAGUGGGCACACUGCAUGGAUCUUACGCCUUUUCCAGAUGACAAACCUGUGGCUGAAGGAAAGCCAAGUGGUGGGACAGCAGGGACUGCUGCUUCAGUUUCGAGUGCUUGGCUUCGUUGUAGUGAUGGAUUUCAGGUGGAUGCCUUGUUGGAGACCUCAAGAUCUUCUGAAAAGGCAUCUAGAGUUAAAAAGAGCUUUACAUCAAUUCUCCAUUCAGCUGAUGAAGGAAUCUCUAAAAGCAAGAACUCAAGUGAAUUCACAGACAUAUUAUGGAGCUCCAGUGGGAGUGACUUGUCAGAUGAUGAAAAUAAAACUUUGACUUCAAGAUUGCCUUGCCUGAAAGUGGCAAAAUAUGAUUUGGUUUCCAAGGAUGGGUGUAGUGAUGGUGAACCACAGUUCAUUGAUUGGGAGCAAGACAGUGAUUAUGAGGAUGAUGAACAGUGUGAUGGAUCAAAAACAGAUGACACUGCUUUGGAUAUAUCAGAUACUGAUUCUUGUACAAACAGGUCCUUCAUAUUUGAUGAAGAGGAAGGAGACAAGCCUGUUAAAACAACAUCUAUAGAAAUUUCUGAAUAUUCCUCAGACAAUGAAAAUGUAGAAGAAUGCCAAGUAGAAACUAUUGUUGCUAAUUUAGAGUUGCCAAAAAAACUCCCGUUAAGUUUUGGAGCAGGGUCUGAGCUAGAUACUGGAAGAUCAGCAACUGACUGGUUAAAAUCUGCGCAGGCUAUUCUGCAAACGCCUAAGAAGAACAUAGACAAGAAUUUGAAGAGCCUAGAUAAUUCUGCAAAGAAACAAAAAUUACUAAGAGGAGGACUAGCAGAACGAUUGAAUAGACUGCAGAACCGAGAAAGGGCUGCCAUUAGCUUUUGGCGACAUCAUUGUAUUUCAGAUAAUCAAACACCAUCUGGUGGUAAGUCUCGUAUACUAAUGGUGAAGAUCUUGGAAAUGCAUGAAGAAUGUAUUCUGUGCAUAGCUAUCUGCCAUCAUUUGCAACAAAUUUGCGCUGACAGUUCUUCUGUAGAAGAAAUUCAGCCGAUAAUUAAAGUUCUUUUUGCAAAAGAAACAGUUGCUCGUCUCAAGGCAGCCGCACAGGAUAUCAUAUGUAUCUAUCCUCCUUGGCAAAAACUUCUUCUGCCAAAUGAAAAUGUUCCAGUAAUUCUGAAUACCUACUUUAGCCAAAAGGUCUUUCUCAAAGAACCAAAAGAAUUGAGUAAGCCAUGUUUUGAAGAGCCAUUGCUUACUAAAAGAAACAUCUCUCUGGCCCAGAUAUUCAGUUUAUCUGAUACAAAAGAAAGUCAACCUCAAGCAUCUGCAGUUAAUCAGGUUUCCUGUCCUAAUAUGAAGGCUUUGAAGGCUACGCACAUUCAUAGCAACAGUGAGCCCAAACUAUCCCCCUUUGCAGUUACUUCCUUGAGUGACUCCCUUCUUGAUGUUGUGGAGACACAAGGAAGAACUGGAGGAAGAGGAAUUCAGAUGCAAGUGGUUGUUCAAAGAGUGUAUUAUCUUCUUGCUAAAGAAGGGUUUGGAUGCCAUUGGCAAGAAAAUGACCCUGCCCAAAGCACAGCACCAUUACUAAAUUCAGAUCUGCCAAAUGUUAGAUUGUGUCUCCUUCUUCAAGAUGCUUAUGGGAUGUUUGGUGAGGUUCAGUUUCAGAUCUUAUCUUCGUCUCUAGAAUCAAUUGAAGAAUAUAGCAAAAGGUGGGAAGGAAAAUACUGCAAUUUAUCUGGUAUAAAAGUUCUACACAGAGUUACCAGAGGAAGAAAGCCAGGGCUUUUCAGCCUAAUAGACAGCUUGUGGCCUCCAAUGUUGCCUCUAAAAGUUCCUGGUCAUAGUCAAGAGAAUGACACGACUGCAAUUAACCUGCCCCCACCUAGUUUCUGCUACAUUCUUGCUGCUCAUCCUGACCACAUUGAAGCUAAUGAGAGAGAGCGAGUUUCAGAUUUGUAUUCUCCUCCAACUUUCUGCGCUCUCAAGGCAAUUCUUCAGAUGUGUGACUUAAAUAAGUGUUGCAGCUUUUGGGCAUAUGUUAUACAUCGAAGACUGAAGGUUACAGGUACUGUUCCCUCAAGCCAAAUACAAUUUUGGCUGUUUGUGACUGAUUUCUCGCUACAGGGUGAGGCUGAGGUCGGUUUGAAAACUCCCAGAACUCUGCCAGUCUCCGUUGCUUCCUCAUGCGUGGUUGGUGUGGAAGUGUUGGAGGCACUCAAGAAUACGUCCCACUGUGUUGUUUUCUUCAAGGAUGCCCUUUGUAGAAAUGGUAGGAUUAUUUGCAUUGAGCGUACCAUUCUCUCGUUACAAAAGCCCCCUUUGUGUAGGGCUGCUGGUGCUGACAUCACUAAACUGACUGGCCCUGUCAAACUAGAUGAGCUGGAUUCUGCAACUCCUGUCAAUUCCAUUUGCACUGUAAGAGGCAUUGUUGUGGGUGUUAAUGAGGGAACUGCUUUCUACUGGCCUGCAUGCAAUAGAUGUGGCAAUGGAAAAGUAGAGCAGCAUCCACAAGACAGGGAAUCGCUAUACUGCAGACAGUGUUCAGAAGCCAUAACUUCUCCAGCUCUCAAAAUGCACCUAGAAGUCUUUCUGUACAGUCAGUCCAGACCACUUUGCACAGUAAAAGUAAAGCUGCUGCAAAAGACCAUUUCUUUGCUUCUGAAGACUUCCCCCAGUAAGGAUGGGAGUUAUGAAGUGAAAAGUGUGCUGGGAAAGGAGGUGGGGUUUUUAUAUUGUUAUGUCCAGUCUGUAACUAGCCACCCAUCUAGCUGUGUGGAACUGGAAGAAAUUGUUCUCCCUUCUGCAGAAAGGAAGGAAAUUCUGCCUGCAACUCAAUCUACGGACUUUGUAGUAUAGCUGUUAAGUAUUGCCAGUAGAUUGUAUGUGAUUCUAAAUGAGCAAUCAACUGAGUUAAGUUUACUGAGCGAUUACUUUGAAAAUAAUCUUUUUUUUUUUUAGCAUUCACUAUUGGACAUGACCUAACCCUCAACAAUCAUUUUCCAGCACCCUUUAUUUGAAUUUGAGAAAUUACAUGUGCUUAAAACCCUUCUGUUGAAAUAAAUGAAACUUAUAUAUGCAAAUGUUUAGCUGGAUUAUAUCCAUUGUAUAUGUAUUUCUGGUUUAUCAUACAUAAACUACUUCAGAGCACAGGAUUUAAAUGUUUUUUCCUGCAAUAUAGUCUUCAUGUGGAAUUUUUGUCAUGAGUUUGAAGGAUUGUAUUUUGUUAUGAAUAGGUGUAAAUAGCUUUUCAGUUUGUUUUGAGAUGAUGUUUUCACUUAACAUUCUGAGCAGUACAUUUUAAAAUAAAUUGUACAUAUUAAUGCAUGAAUAAAAUGCAUUGAAACAGUUUGUUUGAAAUGCCAUGGUGUAAUGCUGAUUGUAUUUUUUACUAAAUUCAAAUAAAUAUUACAAGGAGUUAAGUGUUCACUGAUGUGAUAGAGUAUCAAGGGCAUAUUCCACUAAUGUGCCAAGUUAAUUAUUGUCUAAAUAUAGAGGUCUUUGCCUGUUGUACCUUUAAAAAAAUCACAUACAAUCUUCCUAUCAAGUGGCUGUUGCAUUAUACAGUGUAAUUAAAAGCAGAGAACAAGAUAACUAAUUCAGAAUAGUUAUAUUCAUUUAAUUAUGAACCGUAUUUAAGAUAACAAUUUUUGAACUUCCUUUUGGAUUGUAGGUAACUGGACAAACCUUUUCUUCAUUUUUGAUACCUUUUGAACACCUUGCAAGUUUCCAAUAAAUAACACUGUCUUAGAAAAGUAGACUUGGUUGGACUCUGUUCAGCGUCAUAGUUCUGAUCCAAAACUCUGCAUUUGCAAAGAUUGUUUUCUUUUGCAAGAACAGGAAGCAGCUGCACACAUGGGAUUUUCUUCUUGCUUGCACUGAGCUUUUUCACUGCUUAGUUUGUUCAUGACCAUUAUGUUUUUGGAUGGAAUUCUCAGCAUAUGUAUAAGGUUGCUAACAGACUGGAGAAAAUUGUCCUUCCAUUUACUAGAGGUUUAAUGUGUGGAAAUGAGCAGGUGAAGCUUUUCAUGGCAUUGAGGUAACAUAAGAAACAUCCCAUUAACUCUCUAUGACAGGACAUUUUUUUCUGCAGGAAGUUGACAGCCCUAUGUGCAC